GGAUUCAGUCAUUCUUUGCUAAUUUUGACUCCCGAGAUUCAUUCAAUACACCUGGGUAUAAUUGCACUAGUGCUAGCACGUUGCUAUAUCGACGUGUCUAUAAAGCUUCUCAAAAACACUAUCACGAGCUUUAAGAUUUAAAGUUCGGUCGUUGGUUAUAGAAAUAUAUUUGGCACUUACUGGAAGCUUUUUUUGGAUACACUUCAACACAUACGAAUCACGCGUUUCGAGAAAAAGACAUACAUCAUGAAGACUUAUCUAGAUCUUGUUGAUGAGUGUGAUACAUUUCCCUACCCAGAGAAAGAUGCCACCGCCCACUCAGCUCUAACCUCCACCCUCUACACCCUCAUCCACGAGGACCCCACCACAUCCACCACCUACCCUGUAGGCUGCAUCACGCUCCCCGUCUAUCAAGCUCUCCUCAAAGUCCCCACCAGCAUCAAAGGAGAAAUGAGCAUCAACCAAUCUCAACGCACCAUAUCCCUCUUCACGCAAGCCACCGAACCUGAGCGGAGCGCCGCCGUCGCUGCAACAUGCGAGUAUUGGCGCACCAACAAAACCUUCGAGGUUCUAUCCGGCUGGCGUGAUGAGCUAUAUCCGGUCUAUGGCCCCGGAAAUGAAGUCCUCUGGUCGGUCGAACGUAGUGCUUCUGUACUGUUCGGCAUUCUGGGUUAUGGAAUUCACAUGAUGGCAUAUGUGCGCUGCCCUGAAGUGAAAUACGGGAUAAAAUUGUGGGUCCCGAGACGUUCGGCUACGAAACAAACAUAUCCAUCGAUGUUGGACAACACAGUUGCAGGAGGAAUGUCUACGGGAGAAGAUAAGUUUGAGGCUUUGGUGAGAGAGUGUAUGGAAGAAGCUAGUUUCCCGGAAGAUGUUGUGAGGAAAAAUGUGAAGGCUCACGGCGCUCUUACGUAUUUCUAUGUACGGGGUGCCACUGCUGGAGGAGAAACGGGUCUGAUGCAGCCGGAAUGUGAAUACAUUUAUGAUUUGGAGUUGCCUGCUGAUGUCAUUCCUAAACCAAAUGAUAGCGAGGUGGAACAAUUCUACCUUUGGACGGUAGAGGAAGUUCAGGAGCACAUGAAAUUGGGAGAGUUCAAGUCCAAUUGCGGAAUUGUUCUAGUGGAUUUCUUCAUCAGACACGGCAUAUUGACAAGCGAAAAUGAGAGCCAUUUCGAUGAGAUCAACAGCAGGAUUCAUAGAAAUUUGCCAUUUCCAGGACCGCACAAUAUUUGAGUAUUUUAGUAUUCCAGAUUUGAAAAAGGUAUCUGGUGCUUGAACGCCCUCAAGACUUGUUCAAUUUCCCA